AUGAACUUGAUCGAACUCACCGUGGACGAAGUUCUCUCGAUGCUUCCUUUUCUCGAUCAAAAUGACAGAGACAUAAUUGAAGAGAAGGAUAUUGAUGGUUGGCAAAUAUUUAAUGGAUGCGACAGCAUUUAUCUCCAGGAAAAAUACAAUUUAUCGAUGAGAGGUGCCGAUUACAUCGAGGCAACGUUCACACCUUAUGCAGCUCAUGAUAUCUAUCCGAAUAGAUUCGCAGCAUCUAUGGAGGAAGUCCUCUAUAGGAGCUUCAGCUCUGACUGCGAUCUUCCGACGGUAGACGAACUCAUAGCUCAGAACAGAGUCAUUUUUGAAGAAUAUGAGGAGGACAAUGAUAUGACGGGACCCGGCACAAGUUCCCUCCUCAGUGACGAAUAA